AGCCGUUAUAGCUCAGAGCUACAAAAACGGCCAUGGCGCUGUCGCGAAGGCGGGGCCGAGCCUCGGAUCGACCUCACGAAGUGGAGGAUCGAGUUCCCCUUUUCACCGCAUGGAUCUCAGCCAGGUCGGGCCGGAAAAAGUUGGACACCCGACAAGGCUUGGAUGACGAGCAAAAGGAAGAGAUCCGAGAGGCCUUUAGCCUCUUCGACACCGAGCGUUCGGGCGCCAUUGAUGCCAGAGAGCUGAAGGCUGCUUUGAGAGCGUUGGGAUUUGAAGUGAAGAAGGAAGAUGUUAGGAAGAUGUUGGCUGACAUUGGCAAGGAUCCAAGCCAGCCCAUCAACUUCGAUGAGUUCUGUGAGAUGAUGAAAGGAAGGAUGCCCGACAAGAACUCAAGAGCGGAGAUCGACAAGGUCUUCGCGUUGUUCGACGAGGAUGACAAGGGCAAGAUCUCGUUCCGGAACCUCAAGCGCAUUGCCCAGGAGUUGGGCGAGAGCCUCACAGAUGAAGAACUCCAAGAGAUGAUCGAAGAGGCGGACCGGGACGGCGAUGGCCUCAUCAAUCCGGACGAGUUCUAUCGGGUCAUGCGGAAGCGGGGGACGAAUCCACUGGAUGACUGGGACAGUGAUGAAGAUUGACCACCAGGCAUCGGGGAGAUGUUCAUGGCGAGACACAGCGAAAGAGCUGUGUUGCACAAAAGAAAAAAACACAGGUCGCGGUCAUCGGGUUUGGCGGUGUGUGCAUCGUGCGGGACAGGAUUCCGAACAUGUAGAUCGC